GUAGGCUACAAUAUUCCUGUUUAAUCAUUAUUACUGGUUACUAUUUUGUAUUUUUCUGAAAUUAUUAUUAGGGAAUUGAAUUCACUCUUCACCCUCCAUUUUCCCCUUCCCUCCUCAGAUCUGAACUUCCCAGGAAGGAUUAGGGGAACUGAGAAUUCAAUUCAUCGUGCUCAUCGGAAACCGCCGCUGCCGCAGAUCCACUGAUUUCAAUCAAUGGAUGAUUUUCCGGGGCUGUUAGCCAAGGACUUUGGGAUCAAACCCCAAGGUAAAUCCGCCCCGAUGGCACCUCCGCGCGGCAAUCCUUCAUCCGCUUCGAAUUUCGGCAUCCGAUCCGAUUUCGGUCGACCCUCUUCCACCAACGCCAAAUCUGCCGGUCCCAUUUUUGACGACCACGAUCGCGAUGGUCUCCUGUUUAACGAUGUCUUCGGUGGACCUCCCAAGUACUCGUCUGAAUCCCGUUCGGCGGCUACCUCGUCGUUUGAUUAUGAUUCUAUUUUCAAGGACCAGAAUGCAAGGUCCUCUUCCAUGCCAGUCUUUGACAAGCCAGUGUACGAUGAUGAUAUCUUCGAUGGGUUGCCGGGGCUGAAGACCUCUUCGGCACCAUCGGCUCCCAAGUACGACGAUGUUUUUGCGUCGAUCUCUGGGUCGCCGCCCGUGGCAAAGAAUAAGACGCAAAACAGCUCGCCUUUUGAUGAUCUGCUUGGGAAUUUAGGAAGGAAAGAAGAUGAGCCAAAGACCGAUCGAGUGAGAGCAGACAAGGAUGCACCAGUUUUUGAUGACUUAAUCCCUGGUUUUGGUGGCAGUAUCUCUUCUGUCGGUGCUAGGUCAACUUCAGAGUAUGGCCAGUCCCAGAAACCUUUAAAUUCAACCAAGACAGCCUCAAAUUUGAUGGAAGACCCUUUUGUUGUCUUAGAAUCUACAUCAACGACCCCUUCAGAUUUUUCUUCAGGGUUGUUCACAGAUCCACCAGAAGAAAUAAGUAAACUAAAUGGACUGGGGAACACAAGAGUGGAAAGCUCUUCAGUAACUGGGGGAGUGUUUGAUGAUAUGGAUCCCCUUGAUGACCUUGGGAAAUCUGUCCCUCCAGUGUCAUCUGAGGUAAAUAAGAGAGUGAAGGAUAGGAGCAUGAAUGGUCAGACCCCUACUAGUAAAGAGCCAAGUCAUAAAGAAGAUUAUGAGGACUAUACAAAGAGUAAGACAUCCUUUGUUGACAAUUUCUCAGAAUCUCAUCAAGCUAUGUUUGGCAUGCCUAAUGUGUCAACAGAUAUUCGUAGAUCUGUCGAUCAAACUGCUCCAUACAUGAAUUCCAGUUCUAAUGAGACAACUCCCCAUAUCCAUUCAACUCCAAGAUCUGAGGGAAACUUUGAGCCAUUGGAUGAUAUAUGGCUUACUGUGUCAGAGAUUCCUCUCUUUACACAACCCACAAGUGCUCCUCCCCCGUCAAGACCCCCACCUCCAAGACCACCACGUGUUUCGAAGUUUGAUACAGGUACCUUUUCUUCCACAAAUCCAAGAAAGGUCAGCGAUUUUUCUUCGUUCCCAAAUUCUACUCGGUACUCUCAUAGCUCUCAGUCAGACCACACUGCUUCAAAAAGCUCAGUAACAUCUCAGAUAGAUGAACUUGAGGAUUUUGCCAUGGGUGGGACCCGGAAUAAUGUUAGUGAACAAUCAGAAGAUUUUCCUGGUGAAGAUUUCGAUACAAAAUCUGUUGCUGCUGCUUCUGCUGCUGCAAUGAAGGAGGCAAUGGAUAAAGCAGAGGCUAAAUUCAGACAUGCUAAGGAAAUGAGGGAGAGGGAGAACUUAAAAGCCACAAGAAGUAGAGAAGCUGGUCAAAUGGAUAAAGAUGAGAAAUUUAUGCAAGAUGCUCAAGAUAGAGAACUUGGGGAAAAACAAGAGAGACUGGAGCGAGAGAGGCAGCAAAGGGAGAGAGAGGAAGAAGAGAGGGAACAGAGGAGAUGUGAAAUUGAGAGGGAAAGGGAGGAGAAAGAGAGAGAACAAAGAAGGCUUGAGAAAGAGAGGGAGCGAGCAAGGGAGAUGAUGAGAGAAAGGGAAAAGGCUAGACAAGCUAAGCCAGAGAAAGGUCAAAUGCUGAAACUAGGGACAGAGAAGCAAGGGAGAGAGCUGCUGCAUCUGAAGCAAGGGUUAGAGCAGAACGAGCUGCUGUGGAGAGAGCUGCUGCAGAGGCUCGAGAAAGGGCUGCUGCUGAAGCUCGAGAAAGGGCUGCAGCUGCUGCAAGGGCAAACCAGCAAAAGAAUGAAAAUGAUCUUGAAUCCUUCUUCAGCAUGGGUCGAGCAAGCAGUGCACCAAGGCCAAGAGCUAAUACUUCAGAUCCUCUUUUUGAUACACAGAACAAGGGAGCACCUGAAGCAGCCAGGAGAACAUCUGUCGGAUCCUCAUCUGGCAUGAGGAAAGCAUCUUCAACUGCAAAUUUUGUUGAUGACCUCACUUCAAUUUUUGGAGCUGCUGCAUCAUCAGCUGGAGAGUUCCAAGAGAUUGAAGGGGAAAAUGAAGAAAGACGAAGAGCCAGGUUGGAACGCCAUCAAAGAACUCAGGAGCGGGCGGCAAAGGCAUUGGCUGAGAAAAAUGAGCGUGACCUUCAAGCCCAGAGGGAACAAGCUGAGAGACAUAGGAUUGCUGAAACACUAGAUGUUGAGAUCAAGCGUUGGGCUGCUGGAAAAGAGGGAAAUUUACGUGCUCUGCUAUCAACAUUGCAAUAUGUGCUUUGGCCUGAAUGUGGUUGGCAGCCUGUCUCUUUGACUGAUUUGAUCACUGCUGCCUCAGUUAAAAAAGUUUACAGGAAAGCGACUCUAUGCAUCCAUCCUGAUAAAGUGCAACAAAAAGGUGCCAAUCUUCAACAGAAAUAUAUCGCAGAGAAGGUUUUUGACUUGCUUAAGGAAGCAUGGAACAAAUUCAAUUCAGAGGAGCUUUUCUGAACGGUAUUUGAGCUCAAAUUCCAUGGUUUGGCAAACUAAUCAUUGAUGAUUCCCAUACCUGACUGUUCCAGUGGCUAGACGCUCAAUCUGCUAACCAUUGUCUGCUUCCAUUGACGGUUUGUUGUAUCAGCUCGGCUGUUAAUGGGGGGUUUAGGACUGUGGUGCAAAAUAGCUGCUGAGAUGUCGGAAGGGUGAACUCUUCUUUGUUCAUGUUGAUGUACAUUAAUUUUAUCCGGCUCAUGUACAUUGAAGUUGGAUUCUCCCUGUUGGGUGUAGAUUAUCAUUCAGCAAAAUCGGUUGGGUUAUCAAUUAUCCCUUUUGCUUCAUCUCAUGAAGGUAAUUUUUGUGUUUAUUCUUCUAUAUAUGUUCAUUUUAAUGGGUGUUCUUACCCUUUUGUUCUGACAAUAGAUAUUGAUAUGUUGAGUGAAUACCAAUAUGUUCUAUUGAUAUUAAAACAGUAUGAGCAAUGUAUGAUUUUUUGUACUGGGAAGUGGGAAGUGGAAACUCUGAACAUACCCCUUUCACUUUUUAAAUUAUUUCCUACCUAUUUCGGUGAGACUCAAUUUGGGAGCCUAAUAAGAUUUCCAAUCCAAA